AUGCAGCCGAAAGGGAAUUCUUUAGAGGAUACCCUAAAAGCUUUUAUGGAUGCGGAAAAUAAGACGAAUCAAAGAGUUGAUUCAAUGCUCACGCAGCUGGCGGAAGAGAACAAGGAAAUAAAAAGUCAGAUCACAAAGCUGACAGAAGCUUUAACCGUUCAAGAGCGCGGUAGAUUUCCAUCACAAGCCCAGUCCAAUCUAAGAGGACAACACAUGGCUCAAACUUCCAACUCUGAAGGUCAAAAUAUCAAGGAAGUUAACGCCAUCUUUACUCGAAGUGCUAAGAAUUUAGACACACCAUCGACAAGUAUAGCCACUUCGAAUAAUGAAGAAUCGGCUCAGGAGAAAGAAGAGCCAACUAAAAUUCUGGUAAAGGUGCCUUUUCCCCAAGCUCUCCGACCUGCUGAAAAAGUGCCGGAAAAUCAAAGUGAGAUCCUGGAGCACUUGACACAAUUGAAGAUCAAUCUUCCCUUACUACACGUGAUCAAGCAAGUGCCGGCCUACGCCAAGGUUAUCAAGGAUCUGUGCACCAUAAAGAGAAAGCACCACGUCAAGAAGACUGCAUUCUUGACGGAACAAGUUAGCGUGGUGAUUGAGCAGAAAACACCGCCGAAGUAUAAGGAUCCAGGUUGUCCUCCCAUUUCUUGCCAGAUCGGGACACAUGAAUUCGGCCAAGCGUUACUAGACUUAGGGUCGAGCGUGAGCCUCAUGCCUUAUUCGGUCUACUCGCAAUUGGGUCUUGGAGAGAUUAAGCCCACAUCUGUGGUUCUGCAACUGGCCGAUAGAUCCAUUAAGAGACCACGGGGAAUCGUAUAA